CCGGGCGGGGGGGCGCGGCGGGGCGGGAGCGGCGAGAGUCUGCCUGACCCGGGUGGGUUCCGGCAUCUUGACCCACGUUUGAUCAGGUCACUCUCCUGAGUGACACCGCCGUGGCGUCAGAGGAGCUGUCUUUCGGCCUGUGCGGCGGAAAACGCGGUGGCCUCAACGUCCUAAGAGGACAUACAAGAUUUAUUUCAAUUCAUUUAUAAGACUUCUUUAUGCACUGUUUUGAUUAUUUGGCUCAUUAGUCAUCCAGCCUGCUUUGGAUUUCUCCUGGUUUGGAUUAUACUUUUGUCAGUGAAAGGAAAUGGACUAGUAACUUGCAAGUUUUCUGGUCAAAGUAAAGAAGCAGUCCUUCCACUCCUCUUUGAAGAAUUUAACCUUGCUUUGUGGGAAGUCCCUGUAAUGGUACCUUCCCUGAGAAGCUGAAAUCCACUAAUCACCAUUCUUCAAAAUGCAAUGGAAUGUAUCAAGGUCUAUAUUCCGACUGGCACAUAGGACAUGCAUGGAACCACACUGUCAAAACAUAAAGGGACAAUUACUUUUGUAUAAAGCUGAAUCCAGAGUAGUUUUGGUACAGGGCCCUCAAAAACAAUGGCUGCACUUAUCAGCUGUCCAAUGUGUUGCAAAGGAAAAGAAGCCAUUUACUGCUCAUCCACCCCAACUGGGGGUCCUUCACCAUCAACAGUGGGAGCAAGAUAUUUUAUCCAAGAGGGUUAUAUCAUCCAAUGCCACAUCCCCAGGAACUCCUUCGGAAAGAAAGGAAGAGCCUGAUCCUUUACAAGACAAAUCUAUUAGUCUUUAUCAGCGAUUUAAGAAAACAUUUAGACAAUAUGGAAAAGUUUUGAUUCCAGUACAUCUAAUAACUUCUGGUGUUUGGUUUGGAACAUUUUAUUAUGCAGCCAUAAAAGGAGUGAAUGUCGUUCCUUUUCUAGAACUCAUUGGGUUACCUGACAGUGUAGUAAACAUUCUGAAAAAUUCCCAGAGUGGAAAUGCCCUAACAGCAUAUGCCUUGUUUAAGAUCGCAACACCUGCCCGAUAUACUGUGACUUUGGGAGGAACCUCCUUUACUGUGAAGUAUUUGCGUAGUCGGGGCUACAUGUCAACACCACCUCCUGUUAAGGAGUAUCUGCAGGACAGGAUGGAAGAGACCAAGGAGCUUCUCACAGAGAAAAUGGAAGAAACAAAGGAUAGACUCACUGAAAAAUUACAGGAAACCAAAGAAAAAGUUUCUUUUAAGAAAAAAGUGGAAUAGGGUGCCUUAUGUAACAAGUGACAGACAAUUUCUGCACUUUAACCCUUUGGAGACUGUGCAAAGAUACAUGUUCCUGAUUAUUUUUUUGAUUAGCUGCCAAAAUAUACCAGUUCUCUGAGGGUUAAAGACCUAAGAUACCUUUUUAAGGUUAAAUAUUACUAAAAAAAUCAGUGUUCUUUUGGGAAAAAAAAAAUGAACCCAGGUUAGAAUGAACAUCAAUACCAUUAAGCAGUGGUUAAUGUCUAAUAAGUCAGAUCUCUUUUUCAGGGUCUUCAGAAUCAUAUUUGCUUUGUGUUUUGUUGCAACUAUAAUAUAUGCAAUUGGGGCAGUUGACUCCUUGAAUACCUGAUGUGGCCCUAGACAGGAUGUUAACACUGGGUUUUCAUCUUUAUGUUAUACAUUGAGCUUUUAACUAUAUUCAUUUCUCAAUGUGGGACAAAACUAUUAUCAAAACUGCUAGUGAAUAAGAGGAUGUUUAGUGUUUCUGUAAACACAGUAUAUAACAGUUACACACCAGUUAAAAUAUACACUUAAUAUGAAGGAAGUUGAAUAAAAAUGGAGUCAUACAUGUGUAAAUAAGAUGUAUUGGUUAUAUGUAAAUGAAAAAUUGAACCUUUGAAAAUGAUUUUUACCUGAAGCUUGUCAUAAUCAAAUUUUUUAAAACAAAUAUAUAUGGCCAUAUACACACCUAGAGCAUAAA